AUGAGCUUCUCUGAAAAUGGCAACCUAACUAGGCAUCAAAAGAUGCACACAGGGGAGAAGCCUUAUAAAUGCUUGGAGUGUGGGAUGAGCUUCUCUGAAAAUGGCAAACUAACUAGGCAUCAAAAGAAUGCCCACCUAACCAGCCAUCAAAAGAUGCACACAGGGGAGAAGCCUUAUAAAUGCUUGGAGUGUGGGAUGAGCUUCUCUGAAAAUGGCAACCUAACUAGGCAUCAAAAGAUGCACACAGGGGAGAAGCCUUAUAAAUGCUUGGAGUGUGGGAUGAGCUUCUCUGAAAAUGGCAAACUAACUAGGCAUCAAAAGUGUGGGAAGAGCUUCUCUCGGAAGGACAGACUAACUAGACAUCAAAAGAUUCACAUAGAGAAAACUUAUAAAUGCUUGGAGUGUGGGAAGAGCUUCUCACAGAAUGCCACCCUAACCAUCCAUCAGAAGAGUCACACGGGGGAGAAGCUGUAUAAAUGCUUGGAUACCUUAAGUAGCCAUCAAAAGAUUCACACAGGGGAGAAGCCAUAUAAAUGUUUCGAGUGUGGGAAGAGCUUCUCUGAAAAUGGCAAACUAACUAGGCAUCAAAAGGUUCACACAGGGGAGAAGCCAUAUGAAUGUUUGCAGUGUGGGAAAAGUUUCUCACAGAAUGCCCACCUAACCAGCCAUCAAAAGAUGCACACAGGGAAGAAGCCUUAUAAAUGCUUGGAGUGUGGGAUGAGCUUCUCUGAAAAUGGCAACCUAACUAGACAUCAAAAGAUGCACACAGGGGAGUGUGGGAAGAGCUUCUCUCGGAAGGACAGACUAACUAGACAUCAAAAGAUUCACAUAGAGAAAACUUAUAAAUGCUUGGAGUGUGGGAAGAGCUUCUCACAGAAUGCCACCCUAACCAUCCAUCAGAAGAGUCACACGGGGGAGAAGCUGUAUAAAUGCUUGGAGUGUGGGAAGAGAUUCUCUGAAAAUGGCAAACUAACUAGGCAUCAAAAGGUUCACACAGGGGAGAAGCCAUAUGAAUGCUUGGAGUGUGGGAAGAGCUUCAGACAGAAUGCCACCCUAACCGUCCAUCAAAAGAUUCACACAGGGGAGAAGCCAUAUAAAUGUUUCGAGUGUGGGAAGAGUUUCUCUCAGAAAAGUACCUUAAGUAGCCAUCAAAAGAUUCACACAGGGGAGAAGCCAUACAAAUGUUUGGAGUGUGGGAAGGCCUUCUGUAAGAAUGGUAUCCUAACUAGUCAUCAAAAGGUUCACAUGAGGGAGAAGACACGUAAAUGCUGA